AUCAGUGCUGCUCCCAACAGCAGAUCAGGCCAGUCCUCGGAACCCAGGACCCAGGGAAGCUUUGGGGCUUUGCAAAGGGCCAGAACCCAGGAGGCCAGGAGAGCAGCUGAGGACUUUGUUGUCAGAAACAUAUCCCCACCAGGAGCAGGAGCAUGGGCUACAGUGAGCUGCUUACCGGAGCCCCGACUAGCACCGAGGUGCCUCAGGAACUGCUGGAAGAAAUGCUUUGGUUUUUUCGGGUAGAAGAUGCAACUCCUUGGAAUUAUUCCAUGUUUGCCCUGGUAGCCGUGGUGAUCGUGAUAAGCCUUGUCCUCUUGGGAAGGAGCAUCCAGGCAAACAGAAACCAAAAGAGGAUGCCAGUGGAGAAACAAACUCUAGAAGUCCUGUACUCGGCUGACGCCAGAAACAAAGAUGACAACAACGUGACCAUCUUAAGAGAGACUUUGCUCUCAGAAAAGCCAAAUUUGGCCCAGGUGGAAAUGGAGGUAAAAGACAGUGGUAUGUCGCUGCACCUUCUUCCAGGCCUGCGAGAAUCUGAGACCUAGUCAGGGUGCAGGGCAGUACCCCCGCCCCCCGC